CCUGCCGGUCUCUCUCUCUCUCUCUCUCUCUCUCUCGGGCUGGAUUCCCCAGCCCUGGGCCCGCUGUCCGGCUCCCUCCCGGGAAGCGAUACUCUCCUGUUGUCACCUCCCUCCGGCUCACACCGCUGCCCUUGCCCGCUCUAACACCAGACAGCGACCCGGCGCCCAGUGCCAGGCGCUGUCAUGUACCAGCCUGGCCGAUGAAUCCCAGCAUGUGGUACAUCAUGCAAUCCAUCCAAAGCAAGUACUCGCUGUCGGAGAGACUAAUCCGUACUAUCGCGGUCCGCUCCUUCCCACACGACAAUGUGGAGGACCUCAUCAAUCAGGGAGCUGAUAUCAACUGCACCCAUGGCACACUCAAGCCCCUGCACUGCGCCUGUAUGAUGGCUGACCCAGACUGUGUGGAACUGCUCCUGGAGAAAGGAGCUGAGGUGAACGCCGUGGAUGGCUACCGCAGGACGGCGCUGCACUACGCGGCUGAGAGAGACGUGGGCUGUGUGGAGAUCCUCCUGGGGUUCGGCGCGGACCCCAACGCCCCGGACGGCAACAUGGACUCCCCGCUGCACUGGGCUUCCUACCGGGACAGGCCCGAGUGCGCCCGGGCGCUGCUGGGCGCCGGGGCGAGGGUGGACGCCCGCGACUACCACAGGGAUACCCCGCUGAGCUGGGCCGCCUCGCGGGGCAACCUGGGGAGCGCCCGGGUCCUCCUGGAGUACGGGGCGCAGGCCAGCGCCCGCAACCUGAAGGGGCAAACACCGGCGGCUCGCCUCAUGGCGCUGCUGGCCCGCGGUCUGGGCGGGCCGCGCGAGGAGGAGUGCCUGGCCCUGCUUCGCGAGGCCGAGGGGCAGGCGCCGGCGGCGGGAGGGGGAGGUGGGGGGUCCCGCCCGGGUGCGGGCUACCCCGGGCCGGGCAGCCUGAAGGGGUUGAGCCGCCGGGAGGUGCGGCGCUGCCUGGGCGCACGGCACCUCCCGGCCGCGGUGGAGACGCUGCCCCUGCCUGGCGCCAUCAAGCGUUACCUGCUGCUGGUGGGGUGAGGGGGGGGCGGGAAAGAGGGAGGAGGCCAUUCUGCCCCUCUCCUCCAGCCUGUCACACAAGAACAGGAGGCCAUUCGGCCCCUCUCCUCCUCCAGCCUGUCACACAGGAACACGAGGCCAUUCGGCCCCCUCUCCUCUUUCCUCCAGCCUGUCACAUCAGAACAGGCCAUUCAGCCCCUCCCUCCUCCAGCCUGUCACAUAGGAACACAAGGCCAUUCGGCCCCCUCUCCUUCAGCCUGUCACACACAGGAACAUGAGGCCAUUCGGCCCCCUCUCCUCCAGCCUGUCACACACAUGAACACGAGGCCAUUCAGCCCCUCCCUCCUCCAGCCUGUCACACACAGGAACACGAGGCCAUUCGGCCCCCUCUCCUCCAGCCUGUCACACACAGGAACACGAGGCCAUUCAGCCCCUCCCUCCUCCAGCCUGUCACACACAGGAACACGAGGCCAUUCGGCCCCUCCCUCCUCCAGCCUGUCACACACAGGAACAGCAGGAGGCCUGGUGGAUGAUGGAGGCUGCGAUCACAGCCCACCCCACCCCCCCACCAUGAUAACGACUAUAUAAACGUAGGGGUAGGUUUGGGUCCGGGAGUUGUACGGUGCUCAGUGUGUGUGGGCGUCAGUCCCUCGAUGCUGCUCACUUACAAUGCAACAAUCUUAAUAAAGAUCAGAGACGUGUUCA